ACCCGGAUUACAGUCAUGAGGUGGAAAACCGUGUCAGCGAUCUUCUUCCUGGUGGUGCUCUACCUGAUAAUCGGGGCGACGGUGUUCCGGGCUCUUGAGAAGCCGCAUGAGAGCUACCAGAAACUGGCCAUUCUCGCAGAAAAACUGGACUUCCUGGCCACGCACGCCUGCGUCAACUCCUCCGAGUUGGAGGAUCUGGUGAAGCAAGUGGUUUCUGCAGUUCGAGCGGGUGUGAACCCAUCGGGAAAUCCAUCCAAUCAGACGAGCCUCUGGGACCUCAGUUCCUCUUUCUUCUUUGCUGGAACUGUUAUCACCACCAUCGGGUUUGGGAACAUCUCUCCUCACACAGAAGGAGGUCGGAUCUUCUGUAUAAUCUACGCUCUGCUGGGGAUCCCCCUGUUUGGAUUCCUAUUGGCUGGCGUGGGCGACCAGUUGGGGACCAUUUUUGGGAAGGGCAUCGCCAAAGUGGAGAAGAUGAUAGUGAAAUGGAAAGUCAGCCAGACCAAGAUCCGCGUCUUCUCCACGCUGCUCUUCAUCCUGUUCGGGUGCCUCAUCUUCGUGGCGCUGCCGGCCGUCAUCUUCAAGCACAUCGAGGGUUGGAGCACGCUGGAGUCCAUCUACUUCGUGGUCAUCACCCUCACCACCAUCGGCUUCGGGGACUUCGUGGCCGGGGCCUCAGAGAAAAAUCCAGAGUACCUGGACUACUACAAGCCUGUGGUGUGGUUCUGGAUCCUGGUGGGCCUGGCCUACUUUGCCGCCGUGCUCAGUAUGAUCGGGGACUGGUUCCGGGUCAUCUCCAAGAAAACUAAGGAGGAGGUCGGGGAGUUUCGGGCUCACGCAGCCGAGUGGACGGCGAAUGUGUCGGCAGAGUUCAAAGAGACCCGGCGGCGGCUCAGCGUUGACAUCUAUGACAAGUUCCAGCGUGCGGCGUCCAUCAAGCGCAAGCUGUCAUCGGAGCUGGGCAUCAACCAGGAACUGACCCCUGGCAAGAGGACGCUGUCGGCAAGCCUGUGCGAGGACAGAGAGGGUUACCCCAACUUGACUCUCUCACUCAGCCCUGUCUCGGGGGCCCACACCAGGAACGGCAACCUCUACCUAAACGGCCUCAGCCCGGACUACGCCGACCGGCGGGAGAUCGCCAUCAUCGAAAAUCUCAAUUGA